CACCAACUCUCCAGUCACCUUUCGCUUAGUCCUCUCAAUUCCACAUUUCUCGCGGGAGAUUCGCCGGAAAAGCUCACAAUGUCCGAAAAGAGCAAGAUUCUCAUAAUCGGCGGCACUGGCUACAUCGGAAAAUUCAUCGUCGCUGCCAGCGCUAAGUCCGGUCACCCUACCUUCGCUCUCGUCAGAGAAUCCGCCGUUUCGAAUCCUUCCAAGUCGGAAAUCAUUGAGAUUUUCAAGAGCUCCGGCGUGACUUUGGUGUAUGGUGAUCUAUACGAUCACGAGAGUUUGGUGAAGGCGAUUAAUCUAGUGGAUGUGGUCAUCUCGACCGUUGGUCGCGCACAGUUGUCGGAUCAAGUCAAGAUCAUUGCUGCCAUCAAAGAAGCUGGAAAUGUCAAGAGAUUCUUCCCAUCAGAGUUUGGAAAUGAUGUGGACCGUGUACAUGCGGUUGAGCCAGCAAAAACAGCCUUUGAGAUAAAGGCUCAAAUCCGCCGCACUAUUGAGGCUGAAGGAAUUCCCUACACCUAUGUGUCCUCCAACACAUUUGCUGGCUUUUUCCUUCCUACAUUUUCACAGCCUGGAGCCACCGCUCCCCCCAGGGAUAAAGUUAUUAUUUUAGGAGAUGGGAAUCCAAAAGCUGUUUUUAACAAGGAGGAUGACAUUGGCACCUAUACCAUUAAAGCUGCGGAUGAUCCUAGAACCUUGAACAAAAUCCUUUACAUCAGGCCUCCUCAGAACACCUACUCAUUCAACGAAAUUGUCUCCUUAUGGGAAAAGAAGAUUGGAAAAACCCUUGAGAAGAUAUAUGUUCCAGAGGAGCAAGUUCUGAAGAACAUCCAAGAAGCCUCUGUUCCACUCAAUGUGAUGUUAGCAUUCUGUCACUCUGUUUUCGUUAAGGGAGACCACACCAACUUUGAGAUCAAGCCAUCAUUUGGAGUGGAGGCUUCAGAGCUAUAUCCUGAUGUCAAAUACACAACUGUGGAUGAGUACCUCAACCAGUUUGUGUGAGAGGUACUUCCUGGUUCUGGUAGUUUUCAUUCUCAUGCUGCACCAUUAAAUAAAGAAACAUGUGUUCCAGAGUGACUGAAGAACAUCCAAGGUUAGUGAGAAACAUUUUCCUUUUUGGAAGUGUUCAAGCUUUGGUUUUCCUAGUGAAUUUAAAUUGGAACAGAGAUUGUGAAUAUGACAUUCCCUUUAUGCUAGAUUGUUUAAAUGAAAUUGGUUUUUGAUUCAAUUGUUUUGAGUUAGAAAAUGUUACCUGGACUGCUGGUAAAAUCUGCUGAUCAUGCCCCAGACCUCGAUUGAAGUCGACUAAAAUACUUUUAAAAUCGAAAUAAUGACUUCCCUUAUUCAUUCUUUAGAGAAAUGACCAAUUUUGGACAUUUUUACUCUUCUUUACUUCCUCCAAAAAUGUUCCUUCUAUUUUUGAUACCUAGCUUUCUCCUUCUCUCUAGGUUCUUCCUUCUCUCUAAGUUCAUGUUCCAUCUCUUUUUCCAGUGAAGUCCAAACCCCUGAACAAACAUUAGAGCCCUUUACAUUUCAAAUUUUAGGAGUUGUUUUUUGUUUGGUUGCAGCUUCAUUUGAACUUCUACAAUAUAGAAGAUGAGGUCAGAUCUCCAUCUCUCUCUUUGUUUCUAGUUAGCGUUUUUUCUCGUUGUUUUUGGAUGAAGCUUUUUGUUGAGGUUUUUUGUCGUUGUUUUUUGUUAGGAGUUUCAUGUAAACUUCUAUAAUGGCGAAGAUGAGAUCGAAUCUCAUCUUUCUCUUUCUUUUUAGUUGGGUUUUAUGUCAUUGUUUUUUGUUAGGGUUUUUUCUAAUUUUUUUUGUUAGGAUUAUUUUGCAAUUUCAUUUGAACUUCUACAACGUCGAAGAUGAGAUUGAAUAGAAAGCUGUUAUUUACUAAAUCUCUUAUCCAACUCUAUUUUUAUCGAGCCCUAUGUUUCGGUAGUUAAGUGAAAAUGAGCAUUUUAACAAGACCUUGAUCUUUUUCAAGUUCUUUGUAGGUGAAACAAAAACUUAACCCUAAUUAAGUUAUUUUUAAAUGAAACUUAACCAGAGUAUAGUUCAGGUUACCAUAAUCAAGUCCUUUGUAAAUGAAAUAGAAAUCUAACCCCACAUAAGUCUUUUGUAAAUAAAACUUAACUUAGCGGGGUUCAUAUUACUAUUAUGAUUGAAAAUUUAACUCUAAUUAAGUUUUUUGCAACCAAACGUAACACUUGUGUAAUUUAGCUUAUCAUUCUCAAUCAAAAUUUAACCUUAGUUAAAUUCGUAAUAAAUAAAACUUAACACUUCAGUUGAACAUCAAGAAUGAGAAUGAGGAGUUGUUUGAGAGAUAAGAAAAUUGGGUGGGACAUUAUGAAAUGAGAUCAAGUUUUCCUAGAGUGUCAUCCAUUGAAAAAGAAACAAAGCAAGUUUAAGAUAAGGCCAGAAAAAUGAAAAAAUUAAGUUGGUGGUCACACUUAAAACUGAAGUCAUGGUAAUGCAAGAGACUCAGAGAGUUAGGAAGAAGAGAGAUAAAAAAAAAAAAAUGAACUGAAAAGAUAAAUGAGAUUGGAGAAAUUGAGAAAUGUAUAGAAUGAAUAAAAUAAGUAGGGAGAUGAUCUUUCUGAAAGGGUAAAAGUGUUUAAAGAGGAACAUCUCUCAAUAAAACUAAAGAGAGGGGUCAUUUUUGCAAUUUGAUAAUUAUUUUGACCCAUGCAUGCAAAAACCCUUUUCAAAACGUGGUUUCAACUUAAGUUUAAAAAGGAAAAAAUUAAUUUAAUGACUCCUGCUUGACAUGAAGAGGUCUACCUUGAUAAUAAGUUUAAGAAGGUCUCCACAAAGGAUAAUUUUUCAGCCAUAGAGGCCAUUUUGGCUCCAAAAUCCGUUUAUAUAGUUGAUCUGUUAAUGAUGGCUAAGACCUUUAGAUUAAUGGGUUUUCCACUGUUUCUUGCAGAAGCCUCAGCUCCACUCAACGCAAUAUUAUCGAUCGAUCACUCUGUUUUUGUUAAGGGUGACCAGACCAACUUCGAGAUCGAGCCAUCAUUUGGAGUGGAGGCUUCAGAGCUAUAUCCUGAUGUCAAAUAGGAUGAGGUUAGACUCUGGUCCUGGUAGUUUUCAACUUUUUCAUUUUCAUGCUGCACUAUCUAAAUAAGCAAACAUGUGUGGCUGUCUUAAUUUAUGUUGUGUGGAAAAUAGUGGGUUAUUUCCUUGUCUAUGCCAUUGGGCAUAUUCUGUAGUAGGACAAUGUGCCUUUCUAAUCUUAUCCAAGUAGAAGUUUCUGGAAUUA